AUGACAAGCGCUUCAGAAACUAUCAGCAGUAUUUGUUUGUCUACAGCAGAGCAACUCGACAUCUUGAGAAUGAUCUUGCAUACUCACAUUCCUCAGGAUGAGGAAUCGACCAUUGAUGGCAAACAAAGCGCACAAUCAGAUUCUCAACCCAGUCAAGAUAUCACCUAUCGUUCUAACACAUCGCUUGAUGAUGAUACCACAGGAAGUCAACAGCGACAAAUCAGUGAGGAGUGGAUGGACGACUCAUCGGAUGAUACACGAAGGCAAGGAGGCGAUACCGCUCUACUCAAAUCUGCGAUCCGAAAUAAGCGAGCAAGAAGGGAAAAACAUUAUGAGGUCGACGGUACAGCACUUCGCUCUUCGGACAAGCCAGAUGCUCUGACCAGCGUUCGAUAG